UGCUGAAACCAAAAAUAAGAGAAGAAAUUGAUACCGCGUGCUGUUGUUUUGAUUCACUGCAAAGCUGUUCGGUUUCGUUUUGUAUUUUACACUACUAGGUAGAAAUUUUUACUAGAAAACUAAAUAUUUUUGUUUCUUGAAUGCUGAGACAUGACUGCCAACGCAGCUCCAGAUAUUUCAGCUAUAUUGUCAAAAAUAGAGACUACUGCCCAAGAAAAUUCUGUCGAUGAAGCAAAUGUGGCAGUUGAAGAAGGUAAAUCAUCCAAAACGAAUACGAAGGAACGACCGGUAAAACCAGAGCAUCUGAUCCCUAGAGGGUUGCCUAAAUCAGGGCGAGUCUGGAAGACGCAGAAAGAGAGAUUUGCAAAAGUCAAGAAAUCCGUUAAAGGAAAAGCCAAAAGUAAGCAUUUAGCCUUUCGUGAAGAAAUCAAGCACAUAAAAGAUCUUUCCCGUUCGAUCAAAGAUGAAAGAAAGCGGCUGAACGAAGAAAAACGAGAACGGCGCGAAGAAAACAAGCGGCGCCGACAAGAGAAUGAACGGAAAGCUGAAAUUGUCCAGAUUAUUAAGAAUCCUGCUAAAUUGAAGCGCAUGCGCAAAAAGCAGUUAAGACAAAUUGAAAAAAGAGAUUUGGAUAAAAUAAAAGUAGUUUAAAUGAUUUUGUAAAACAA